AAGUGCAUUGCGAAAAUUGAACCCGGGAACUCUCACACCCUAGACAAAAUUCAUUCCACUAGAUCAAAAGGCCUUGACUGCUAAUGGGUUACCACUUUAUUAAUAUUUAAAUAAUAUGUAUAUUCCUUUGUAUCCAAGCGAAGUUAUUUACGGUGGAACUUUGUUCUCCAGCUUUAGGGGUGUUGUCUGUAAGAUGUUGAAGCAAGCGAUAUGGAAGGUGUUGAGCAAAAGGGUAGUUUCAGAUUCUGGUGCUAAACUUCUUUUGCCUUGCUUGUACUUGCCCACGACUUCUUUUCACGCUGGACAGGUUCAUUGUUCACCAAGAAGUUUUUUUGGGGUAGAGGAUUUUCUUGAUGAUGAUAAUAGCAAGCCAUACACUUAUCAGAAAGGAAAAAAGUCGAAGAAUCCAAACAAGCAUGUCUCAUUUAAACAACGGACCGAAGCCUACAUGGAACCAUUUACACUUGAUGUCUUCAUCUCGAAGCGGUUUGUUUCCGCUUCUGUCACACAUAGGGUGACAUGUAAGCAAGUUGCAGUCGCAGGCACAAACUCGAAAGACAUUAAAGCAGUACUGAGAUCCAGAUCGGACAUUCCGGCUUGCUUGGCAAUCGGGCGGAUAUUAGCUGAGAGAGCGAGAGAAGCCGAUGUGUAUACAGCUUCUUAUACUCCCAGGGAGAGGGACAAAUUCGAAGGCAAAAUCAGAGCUGUGGUUCAAUCCCUCAUUGAUAAUGGAAUUGAUAUUAAAGUUUAUCUUGAUUGAAUGAUUUGAAUUCAGUUAUUGAUCUUUACACUCUUUACCCAAACCUUUUGAAAGAUAUUUUGUGUUAUUUAAUUAAGCUUGUGAAUAUGCUUGACUGAUGUAUUUCUCUCUCAUUUCUAUUUACAUUUUGAUUUUAUACCUCCAAA